AUGGCGAAGCACCCCUGCCGUUCGGGCUCGGGAGACAUCGGCGCGCUGCAUAACCGUUGUCAGGCCAUUGCCCGCAUGGAAUCAAGCUUCUCGGUCUUCGGGAUCCGGCGCGGCGAUGUUACCCAACCCCUUCGAGCCGCCGGCCGACGAGGCUGGAAUGGCCUCAUUAACGCGAAAACGUACCUCGACCUAGCCCCUGAGACCAACCUGAUCAUCAUAGACCAGGGUACAUCGUUUGGCGGCGUCUGGGGUGCAGACAAGAUCUAUCCCAGCCUCUAUGCGCAAAUCAAGUUUGGCCAGUUUGAGUACUCGUUCUACCCUAUGCGCCGCGAGGGCAUUACAAAAGACGGCUACAUCUCGGGCGAAACCAUCCACCGGUAUCUCACGGAUUUCGCACACGAUUUCCACCUCGCAGAGCGGACUCGCUUCAACACGUCCGUUACAAACGUCACUCGGCUACCAAACGGUCGAGGUUGGAGAUUGGACGUCGAAGGCGAGGGCAGCAAGGUGGUCGAGUGUACAAAGUUGAUCUACGCCUCGGGGGCCACCUCGCAUGCCGUGAUCCCCAGGUGGCCGAAGUCCAACUUUGACGCGCCCAUCAUCCAUUCUCAGGAGACGGGGACACAUCUGGGUGCCUUGGCCAAAGCCAAGCGCGUAACCGUGCUUGGGGGUGCCAAAUCGGCUUUUGACACCGUCUUUUUCCUGCUGGACGCCGGAAAGAAGGUUGACUGGGUAAUCCGACCCGAUGAGUCCGGAUCGGGGCCUGUGGCACUCAUGCCACCAACCAUCUUUGGUAUUGUCAACAGCAUGGAUGUGAUCGCGACGAGAUUCAUGGCCACCAUCGGUGCCAGCAUCAUGGCCACCGAGGGUCCAGGGUAUCGUUUCUUCCACCAGACAAGCGUAGGAAGAAUGUUGGGGCGGCAGUUUUGGAAGCUGGUCAACAGCAUUGCCGAAAGGCACUCUGGGUACAGCAAGACACCGAAUGCAGAGAAGUUGAGACUGCUUCCCCAUGGAAAUGGAAUCUUCUGGGCAAAUGCCGGUCUCGGAGCCGCGAGUGUACCCAACUUCUGGAAGGUCUUCCACGCCGGGGACUGCACGGUCCACAGAACGGGCAUCAAGUCCUUCAUCGACAACAAGGUCCAUCUCGACAACGGCACCCAAGUCGAGACCGACUACGUGGUCCUGUGCACCGGCUUCGACAAAUCGUACCACACCUUCAGCCCCGAGCUGCAGCGGACGUUCGGUCUCACCACCGACCUCGACCCGGCCGACAAGGAGCGAUGGGCCAAGGCCGAAGCGCGCGCCGAAGAAGCCGUCGACCACAAGCUGCCCACGCUCCGCAACCCCCCGCUCAGCUCGGGCCAGGUCGAGAGCAGCGCCCACCGCGAGGGCGGCAGCAACCACGGCCCCAGCCGCCACUACCGGCGUCUGAUCGUGCCGGGCAUGGCGGCCUCGGGCGACCGCUCCAUCGUCUUCCCCGGCUUCAUCCACUCCAUCUACACGCCGAUGGUGUCCGAGGUGCAGGCCCUGUGGGGCACGGCCUUCCUGCUCGGCCUGCUGGACCCCCCGGGCCAGGCCGAGAUGGAGCGGGAAGUGGCGGAGUGGAAUGUGUGGGCCCGUAAGCGAUAUCCUGCACAGGGGCGGAAGCACGCUUAUGCUAUCUUUGACUUCCUGUCUUACAUCGACACGUUGCUCAAGGACCUGGGCAUCAACACCAGACGCAAGCAGAACGUGCUGGCCCACCUCUUUCUGCCCACGUACCCGAGAGACUUCCACAAUCUGCUCGAGGAAUUCAAGGAAGCGCAGGAGAAAGCGAAGCUGCAGCAGUCAGGCCUGUGA